GUUGCUUUCAUGGAUGUAGCUUCCAGACUUUGACCACGGAAGGCCUCAUUAAAAUCACCUCUGUACUGUUCUCCCUCUCCCUCUCUCUCUCUCUCUCUCUCUCCCUUUCCCUCCUCCAUGAGCCAGCACUGAGCAAACAGCAAGAACUCUUUUAGGUGUCUUUGUCUUGCAGAGGAACAGAGUCGCUAAAUAGGAGGAGAGAAAUACUAUUAGGACCGGUGGAGAAGACGAGUGCUUGGUUACAUAGGAAAGCCAACAUGCUGAGGCAGGUAUCCAGUAGGAACCACAGAGCAAAAGGGGGAUUCAAGGCGAAGAAUGCUCUCCAGAUAUGCAUGUUGGUUGCUGUUUGUGUCUGGUUGCUUUACCAGAUGAAGCACUCCCAUGAUCGGAGGAAGGCCUACGAGGAAAGGUUCGGAGCUGACGAGGCGCGGUCUGAGAUCGCUAGCUUUGGCAGGAAGGACCUCCUCCCACGCACAGUCGAGGCGGAUUCUGUGCCUGAUACCAGAGCGAAAGAGGACUUGCAUGAUGAGCAUCCAGCUGAGGAGGCUGAGCACAAGGAGCAUACCGCUCACGGAGUAGACAAAGAUGAAAAGAAAACGGGUGCGUUAGAGGAUCAAGAACACGAAGAGCAGUCUCAUGAGGCUCGAGAAAAAAGCUUUAAAGCCGAUGACGCGGCCAGCGAGGUAGUCCACAGUGACAGUCAACACGUAGAACACGAAGAACUAACUCAGGAGGCACGGGAAAGAAGCUUCACAGCUGAUGAUGCUUCUAGCGCUGUUGAUCAUUUUGUUCCGGUUAGAGAACCUGAAUCUGGAAUUGGACCGUUCGAUUCAUCCAAAGGAACUCAUUCGAGUGUGGCUCGUGAGGACAACUCGACUGUGCCUGACGUUAAGGUGACCACAAGCACAACCGGUGAAGCUGAUGAUGGCGUGGAUGACCAAACCGAAUUAGAAACUGCAGAUCGCAUAUUCAAUGAGACAAAACCGCAGACGCAUUCAGCAAAUGGAUCCGAUGAUCGAACAGAAUUGGAGUUGGGAUCAACAUAUUCGUCGAAGAAACAAACCGAUGUCCGGAAGAAUCAUACUGCAGAGACGCCGAAAAGACAAACCACGAUGGAUGUUAUGGCUCUACGACAUCCAUCCAAUUCGCAUCCACUUCAAGAUCAACUUCCAUGGAAAAAGAAGUCCGAGACAGAGAAUGCAGUGAUCGUCAACAGCGAGCCACAUCGAACUGCCCAAACAGAGGAACCAGAGGGGAGCUCCAUCCAAGGUGGGAACAAGCGGGUACUUCCACGAGAACCCAGGGACUCCAACCUGCAUGGUAUUGCUUCAGUGGAAGAAAGAGAUGGGCGUCGCGAUCCCACCAGUUCACGGAAGAUCCAGCACAAAGUAGAGACUGGUAAAGAGGAAGUUGUGUAGUGAUCGGUGAGGCUCUUGAUUGGGUUUUAGUUUUAGUCCAAGCAAUAGCCAUGUUGUCCUUGUUUUUGAUUCAGCAAGCCAUGGAAGCAAACAUUUCUCC